GUCGCCUACGUGCUGCCGGACCUGCCCUACGACUACGCGGCGCUCGAGCCGUCGAUCGACGCCGCGACGAUGAAGUUCCACCACGACAAGCACCACGCGACCUACAUCGCGGGCAUCAACGGCAAGCUCGACGAGAAGGACCAGCCGCCCAUCGCCGAGCUCAUGAAGGACGCCAAGGCCAAGGGCUUCAACAACGCGGGCGGCGGCGUCUACAACCACGACCUCUUCUGGAAGGCGCUCGCGCCCGCGGGCAAGGGCGGCGCGCCGUCCAAGGCCCUCGCCGCGGCCAUCGACAAGAAGUUCGGGUCGCUCGACAAGCUCAAGGAGGAGUGGGCCGCGCUCGGCGCGCCCGCGUCGACGUUCGGCUCCGGCUGGGUCUGGCUCAUCGUCCAGGGCAAGGAUUUGGCGAUCUGCAACUCGCCGAACCAGGACAACCCGCUCAUGAAGGGCGCGGCGACGGAGGGCAUCCCCAUCCUCGGCCUCGACGUCUGGGAGCACGCCUACUACCUCAAGUACCAGAACCGCCGCCCGGAGUACGUCGCCGCGUUCUGGGACAUCGUCAACUGGAACCAGGUCAACGAGUGGUACGACGACGCCCUCGCGGGCAAGGCGCCC